AUGCGCGAGAGCACGGCUGCGGCAUACCGCUCACGCACCGCGCGCACUAUCAGGUCACAGGGGCUGCCACCCAUCACACCGAGCAUGCCAAGCUUCACGUUCCUCCCGCAGCCCUCGCCUGCCGUGCCCCCACCCAUGGACCAGACCACCAGCCGUGCGAACGCAGCCGCCGCCGCCCAGGGGCAGAGCCAUGGCCAUGCACCCACGGGGUACGACGCGGGCCGUGCGAUGCUGCACGGGCACGGGCACGUCAUGUCCCCCUUCUCCCCCUUCUCUCCGGGCGUGACGAUGUCGCCCGGCGCGUUCUGGGGCCGCCCCGGCAGCGGCGCGGUGAAUCCGUACAUCAACCCCGCCGUCGGCGCGCCGGUGCACGCGCACCCGAUGCCGGGGAGCCCAGGCAGCUACUACUGGGCGCGCACCGGUGGGCGAGGCGAGGCGGGCGCGGAGGAGCCGCAGGGGUACUUCCCGCCUGUGCCUGUGUCGAUGGCGAUGGCGCAGGGCCAGGCGCAGGCACAGGGCGCAGAGGGGUACUUCCCGCCUGUCCCGCCGAGCGGGAGCACGGGCCCGGCGCGGUCGAGCGGGCUGGCGAACGAGAUUAGGCGGGGAGACAGCGGCAGCAACAGCGGAAGCGCGAGCGCGAGUGCGGACGCGGGGGCGAGCGAGGCGAGCACCGACCGUCCGGAGGCGCAUGCGCGCGGGCGGAGGCCGGAGCAGCCGCGUGUGGAUUCGUCGAACAGCGGGGCGACGACGGACACGGGGACGGGGACGGAUGCGAGUCCGCGGCCGCCGAGCUCGGAGGGGACGUCGUGGCAUACGGACGACAAGGCGCACGCGAAGAGGGUGGGCGGAGUGUGCGAUGCGGUGGAGGGCAUGGAGGCGCUUGCUGUCGCGGACGGUGAACAUGGUGUGCCUGACAGCAGCGGAUCGGCAAAACCGCGCCCGUUCUCGGACGAUGCGCAACAGCAGCAGCAGCAGCAAGGCACGUCGUCACACCCUAAGAUGCAGCGCGCGGACUCCGACCCGGUGCGCUCGGGGAGCGACGUCAGCAAGGUUGGCCUGGGCAUCAACAUGCCGGGCUCGGGGAAUUCGCGAUAG